UCAUGGAUGGACGUCUCUGUGCGUUCGUCCCCUUUUGUUGCUCACAUCGAGCUCGUGUAGACCGCCAGUCUGCAGUGUUGCCUUCUUGGUGUGCUUGGGGCCGUACACGUCGACGCGCAGCUCGGAGUGCUCGAAGGCCACCUCGACCUUCAGCCACUGGCUGUCCGAUGGGAAGCCGCCCGACCGGUCAGAAGCCAACACCGAUACUCGGCCCUCGAUCGACUUGCGCACCUACACGAGACACACACACAAGGGGAGACGGAUGGAUGAUGGAUGGAUGGAUGACAUUUAUUUUACACAUGCAUUUAUUCACUACCUGCAGGGCGUUUGGUGUGAGCACGACGGCGUAGUAGCUGUCAGUGUGGUAGCGCAACACCACACCGACAGCUGCGUCGUCGCCAGAGCACUGGGGGAACAUGUGCAGCCUGAUGCGGCCAUCUCGGCAAGUCACGUGACGCUUCACCAAGGCAACGGAUUGCGGGACGCCAGACAACUAUCACACCACACAAGAGAGACGUGCAUCCCUCUCGCCCUGCCUCCCUCUCUGUGUGUGUGUGGUGGUGUCUCAUCACAUACCUGUGCGAGCACUUUUGGUGCGCCCGCCACGUUCGUCUUGUACUGCCAGUCGGACGUCACCGCCAUUGUGUCUCGGUCGCCGCCUCCGUCUGUGACGUGCCACGUCGGCGGCACGCCGCCGCCGAGUGCCGCAGCCAUGCUGAAGUAGCUGCAUUGAGGCGGAAGGGGCGGCACGAGCGUCGUGGACGGCGCCUCACACGGCGCUGAUGUGAAGGCGAGUCGGUCAAAGUGGGCCUGCGCGCCACUCGUGAACACACCCACACUGCCACUGCACACCACACACACACACCCACACACACAGAGAGAGAGAGAGAGAGACAGAGAUGGAUCAGUCGAUGCAUUUGGUGUGUGUGUGUGGUUGGGGUGUGUGGUUACGAGAUCAGUGAUCCCCAGCGACUUGAGGUACGGCAACACGACUUUCAGCUGGCUGGCAUCUCGCAGCUUUAAGGGUGCCAUGCCGACUUGCUCACAGCUGUGGUGGGCAUCUGCUGGCGUCUUGAUGAGGUCGGAGAUGCUGUGCCCCGCCCGUCGGCCGGCCGUGAAGAGGGAGAGGGUGGCGGCCGUUGGCGUGUGGCAGAAGGCGCGAAAGGGUGUAUCGGCGCAGGGCGGCUGGACGUAGUAAUAGCCAGAUGGGAAGGCCGCAUUGGCGGCCGCCUCGAGACACGAAGCCAGCGUCACUCUCGCGCCGGCCGUGUGGACGCGGCCGUGCUCGACCUGCAGGCACUGCUCCUCGCCGAUGGAUGUGAUGCCGCUGAUGAGUGUGACUGUGGGGACGCCAUAGCCGAUGAGGCGGAGUGUGUUGAUGCCGUAAAAGUCGUGGACGGGCCGACCCAUCACCACCUGCAUGGCCUUGACGCGCCUCGGUGCGUCGAACAACAGAUCCUGACCAAGACAGAGAUGCGACACAGACACACAUAUGUAUCAAUCUCUGUCUGUCCGGUCCGUGUCUGUCUCAUAGAUUGGCUGCUUGCCUGGUCGAAUGAUUCUUCUGUCCGUGGUGCCGUGCGCAUGGGCAGCGCUGCCUCGUACUCGCGGCCGUCGACCGACGUCUUGAUGGCCACCUCACCCGGCGCGUAUGCCCAGUGGAUGGACACGCCCCGCACACGCUUGGGCAUGCCCGACACAAAGC